AUGGCAGAGAUCAUCAAGUCUGCCAUCAUUGGGGAGACAGUUACCCAGAUUUUUUCUGGCAUAACCAACAGGAAAGACGAUGAUAAAUCAGAUGAAGCCAUCGGAGGAAGUGGCCUAGAGAGGCUGGAGAUGGCACACAUAAAAAUGGAGGCUGCACUCGAGAUGUCUAACAAGUGGCAGAUCACCGAUGUGUCACUAAUUCAUUGGCGUAAGAAGCUGAAGUGUGCUGCCCAGGAUUGCAACGACGCAGCUCGCAGAUGCUGGGAGCUCUCUCUGGAAGAAGAUGAGGCAGAGCAGGUGCUAAGCAAAUCUUCGUUUGCUACAAGGGUCGCUCAUGCGGCCAAGGCAUUUGUCUCCUCUUUCAUUGGCUGUGAAGGUGAUCAUUGCUCACGCAGCAUCGCCGCCGCCGUUCAAAGAUUCGAGAGGUUCGCUGAUGGUGCUACAGAGUUCAUUCAAUGUGUGCAGCUCGGUGGAACACCUCGACAGCCCUUAUUCGACCCUCUCAUCAGGCAUAUCUUCAAAGGCAAAACGCUGUGGUAUAUGGUGAUGCAUCCGGGAGGCCAGUAUCAAUACUUCGGCAUACGUCCUAUGGCCUUCGAGGAGCGUGGACUGGAGGCCAUGCUAUCCUUCAUAUAUGAACAUUUCAAGGUGCCCAAGAACAGUUUUCGCCUUGGGUUCAUGCUGCGUCUUUCAGAGAGUAUAGACAUAUUCGGAACUACAGUCAAGUGCUUGCGACGUCAAAUCUCUCUACUCGACUAUAAGAACCUACAGGGAUCAACUGCGGGAUAUGAUUUUUCUUCUCUGGAGAAUACCCCACUUCUGAAGCUGGGAAUUCUGUUCAUGCCUCAUGAUUCUCUGGAGAACCCCAAGUCCACCGGCGAGGGCUCUGCGAUAGAGGUGAUCGAUGGAGAGAAGCAACAUCUCACACAUGCAAAUGUUCAUCCUGACCAACUUGAUGAGAUAUUGCUGCCCAAGGCGAUAGAUUAUCUUCACCAUAACACCGAGACUGCGACCUAUCAGAUAGUAUGGAGGUCCAACCAUGGCAGUGCACACCUAUGUGUGGAGAAGACAAGCACAACAAGAAUUCCCAGAGCACACAGAGCCGCCAUACGACAAGGUAGGAACAAGAAUAGUAAGGCACUUCGUCGGAUGCGGCAGGAGCAGAUGAGGAAAGUGCAGUGGAUGCAGGUAGCCAAAGAUUUCCUGAAACUAUGGGUUGUGCGUUCCUCAGAGAGGUUGCAGAGCACAUUUACGUCAUGGCUCAAACAGUAG